GGGCAUGAAUGAAAUGAAUGAAGUUGCUCCCAUUCUUUUCAUUCUAUCAAUUUUCUUUUACUUGUAUGAAUUGUUCUUUCAUUUGAUUUUCCAAUACAAUGCACACAUUUGAAACCCCAAACAAUCAAUUCAAACUCCUCUUUUCCAAUGGAUACUCAUACACCCUCUACUUCCACCCAUAAUCCCUUUUGUUCCACAGUUAACAACAAUAAUUUGGUCAUAAGCUGGAUUCCCGCUACUCCUCUCCGUAAGAUGGUAGCACUGGCUUCCAUCGCAGCCGGCAUCCAAUUUGGAUGGACACUGCAGCUCUCCCUGCUCACACCCUAUGUGCAGCUUCUGGGAGUUCCACUCGUCGGCUAUUACAGUGACCGUGCCCAUUCAUCUUCUUUGGCAUCAUUGCAGUGGCAAUUACUUUUGCGGUUAAUUUCAGUUUCCCGUUUGCUUUGGCAUCAAUUUACUCCAACGCAACAGAGGCCGGGCAAGAUUAUAGUAUCUUCAUUGAGUGGACAAUGGGAUAAGUUGUUUGGUGGCAAAAUGUCCUUUUUUGGCCACUCUGACACCGGACGAUAUGGGCCAUAUGGCCAAUGCAUCGAGGAACGGAAGUGGUUUCCAUUGAUCGUUGCAAAGCAAAUUAAUUGGUGUCGGGGCUUCUCAUACGUCUGUUUCUUUCUGCUUCUGUAGCAAUUCUAGAAGAGUAUUGGAGUGGAAGAAACAAUAUUUAUGUCUUCAUAUAUUUGUUAUUAGUUUCUGGUGUAGGUUCAUUGGUUUCCUGGUUAAUUUUGACAUUAUCUGCAGUUGUUUGCAGUUAGUUUUUAUGUGUAGUCUUAGUGUUAAUGGCUUGCUUAAUUUGUUGACCAGAUGCACGCGACAGGUAUUGUAAGUGGCAGAGUUGCUUCAAUUUGUAAAAAAACAAAAAAAAAAACUUGGAUAUUCAUUUUAAAAAUUACUCAACUUUCUCAGUUUUUACAUAAAGGAUUUUCAAUUAUUCUUCGAAAAA